GCAGGCGCCCGCCCACGCACCGCUCGGCGGUUCCUCUGAGAACUUCGCCUGUGGCGGAGGUGCGGAUAUAAAAUGCGGCCGCUGGAGUACUUGACGGAGGAAAUGGCAAACUGUACUCUUUUCUGGAACAGUCAAUUCACCUUGAUUAAAUUUGGACUCUUGAAUCAAGAACCAACCUAUGAUGACAUUUGACAAACAAAUACAGGCGCACCUUGGAGAUACUGUGGGCUCGGUUCCAGACCACCAUAAUAAAGUGAAUAUUGCGAUAAAUAUUUCCUUGAAGCGACUUGAGUUGCCCCAGAACCGAAGUCUGGGACUACAUGGCCAAGCUCUGGGGCACAUAGUCUGACUCUAGAAGCUCACAGGCUGAAAUUCCAGAGAUUUGGAAUGUUGAGUUCCAGGGAAACCUAUCAAGACAAAGAGCAAAAGGAACCAGAGCCCACUAGGCUUCCCCCUAUUAACUCAGAAGAUGGGAAUUAUUCCGUGCACCAGAAUAGCCACACAAGGUACCACAAAGCUGUACGGAAGGUGUCGUUAAAGACGUUCCCCAAUCAGGUCUUCAGAGUCCCCCUGACUGAUGCUCAGAACUUCAGCUUCUGGCGGUCCCACAAUCCAGGGGUGCGCCCAGAGGAAACCACGCCAUGGAUCCGGAGCCCCCGCCACUGCCUCAUUAAAAGCCCAAUGACCAGGUUUAUGGACCAUUCUAUUCUCAGUGACAGAAACUUCAGCCUCUAUUGAGCAGGAUGUGUUUGCAGAAGGACAAGACAGACUGUGGAUGGGCAAAGAGGAAAGAGGGAGGGGUCCUGGUUCCAAUGGCUGACUAAUGGGAGGAGGGGAUUGAGAAAGUGGAAUAAACAGAUUGGACUAGAA